AUUCAAGCGUCUAACUAUUGUGUGAGAGGAAGGCACUUAAUAAUGCCUUCUGGCAACAAAAAGUCAAGAUCUCAAAGUUCCAAGCCUGCAGCAAAGAGCAAAAGAAAGCACUCUCCCAAGAAGAGGUCUGUCAGUGCCAAAUCCACAAAGACAGAUGUGGAUAUUCUGAGUCCAGCUGCCAUGGAGAACGUCUACUACAUCUCCCAUAAUGCAGUGGACUGCUUGGAUUUCAGAGGAUUUGGCUGGACUGGAGCCACCAAGAAGAAAGGAAAAAAGGGCAAAAAACAAAAGAUCAAAAAAUGAAGACUAAAUUUAUGCCAAUUUAAACCUAAAUAUAAAUGUGCAUGCUUACUUAAAUGGAUAAAUUAUUAAGGUUAGUUAAGAUGGAUAUUUAAGUUACACAAAUUGUAAGUUGUCAGUUAACUGCAGCAACAUUCUUUUGUUAGUUUUACUAUACAUUUAAUUUGCCUACCUGUAAAUAUAGCAAACAACAAAUGUUUCAUAUAAACCUUCUCACUUCUUUAAACUGUCAUGAUGCAUUACAAAGCGGCCACAUUUUAUUGAUUUGAGCCAAAAAUGAAUUUUGGAAAAUGUUACAUUUAUAUCAGCUGAUUAUUUAUUUUUGGUUAUUUAUCCUAUCAUAUAAGACUUGUUACAACCCAAUAAAAUAUCAGUUCCUUCAAAUUGGAUUUCUGAAACUCUAUAACAGGAGUUAACAAUAAACUAAAUUUAGAUGCAGGGAUUUUGUAAUUUAAAACAUUUUGGAAGUAAAACAAUGAUGUUGCGGAUGUGGGUGCACUGUAAGAUCACCAGAGGGCA